AUAUCUGACGGGCCUUAAGGAUUAAUGUGUAUAGACAAAAUGCCCGUUUGAUUUCGGGUACCCGACAUUCCUUGCCCGAGAGAGAGAGAGAGAGAGAAUCAUGGAGGCGAAGAGCGAAGGAGCGGCGGCGUUCGAGGCGUCGGAGAUAGAGUACGUGAGCUACGGGGGUGAGCAUCACCUUCCCCUUAUCAUGCGCCUGGUUGAUCAAGAACUCAGCGAGCCCUACUCUAUCUUCACUUACAGAUACUUCGUCUACCUUUGGCCCCAUCUCUCCUUCCUCGCAUUUCACAAAGGUCAGUGCGUUGGGACCGUGGUGUGUAAGAUGGGAGAGCAUCGGAGUACUUUCAGGGGUUACAUUGCAAUGCUGGUCGUUGUCAAGGCUUAUAGGGGCAGAGGAAUUGCCACAGAACUUGUUACCAGAUCUAUUAAAGUGAUGAUGGAAUCAGGUUGUGAAGAGGUAACAUUGGAAGCUGAAGUCACAAACAAGGGAGCACUUGCGUUAUAUGGUCGUCUAGGUUUUAUUAGGGCAAAAAGGCUCUUUAGAUACUACCUGAAUGGAGUUGAUGCAUUUCGGCUGAAGUUAUUAUUCCCUCGGCCAGAGCUACAGGCGUCCCUCCCAGUUGGAUCAAACAGGGAUCAUAGGCAUGUACAAGUUGAUCAGACCCUGUCUGAGGAGAUUCUAAUAUGAUUCCCCUUUUUUGGGUUUUAUUGUCACAUGUUUGACUUGUUUGUUGUAAUGAAUCACGGAAGAGUUAUUCAAAACUACAUAAUUUAACCAUGUGCAAUAUAGUCAACCUUGAUUUUCUUUA